AUGAUUGGAGGCCCCGAGGAUGGGCAGGGAGGGGCCCUGAGACCAGGCCGGCAGGAAGCAAAGGGCAGAGGAUGCUUAGGCUGGCCCCGAGGAGGAGCUGCUCUCUCUUCCCAGAUUCUCCACUGGCCCCAGCAGCUCCACCUCUUCAUUUCUGGACUUGGCCCUUGUCCCACUGCCAUGACGGACACGCCGGUGGAGGAAUCCCUCUUGCAGAUCAUCCGCAGCUACCACCAGUACGCGGCCCGGGAGGGGGACGUGGAGACCCUGUCCCUGGAGGAGCUGAGGGCCCUGCUCAUGGACAACGUGCCCCGCUUCAUGGAGAGCCUGGUGCGGGGCCGGGGGCAGGGCCGGAGGAAGCUGUACUUCGUCUCCGAGCUGUUCCGGGCGGCGGACAAGGACAAGGACAACCAGAUCUGCUUUGACGAGUUCCUGUACGUGCUGGGCCGGCUGCUGAGGGACUACCACCUGCAGUACCACCGGCAGCUGUGCGCCCGCUACUGCGCCCAGCACGGCCUCUACUAG